CGCUUCAAGCCACCACUUGUUCAACCCAGAACUCAAUCUCUGUAUUAUUUGUGUGAUUCCAUGCCAACAUAGAGGUUGGUCAAAGCAAUCAUGGCACAGGCUGCGCAAUGGCAGGGAGCACCUCAUGUCAAAGGCUCUACUGAGUCUAUUCGCAUGGUGUUGUUGACAUUCAGCUUGAUAGGCUUGCAAUUCACAUGGGGCACAGAAAUGACCUAUUGUACGCCCUAUUUGCUUCAACUUGGUCUUACGAAAAGCAAGCUCUCUCUUGUCUGGAUAGCUGGACCAUUGUCAGGACUAAUCAUGCAGCCAAUUGUCGGCAUAAUGGCUGAUAAGAGUACUUCAAAAUGGGGUCGCCGGCGACCUGUCAUGAUUGGUGGCACUGUCAUCGUGAGCAUCUGUCUACUGAUCCUCGGCUGGACCAAGGAGAUUAUUGCUGCAUUUGUCGAGGAAGGAGAAUUGAGACGUGAAGCGACUAUUUUCCUGGCUGUAUUAUCAAUCUACGCUCUUGAUUUUGCCAUCAACGCUGUACAAUCGUCAUGCCGCAGUCUCAUUGUGGACACUUUGCCCAUCCCGAAGCAACAACUGGGCUCAGCUUGGGCAAGCAGAAUGGUAGCCAUUGGUCAUCUCAUUGGAUAUGGAGCUGGAGCCUUGGACCUGGGAUCAAUCUUCGGCACACUUAUUGGCGACACACAGUUCAAGCAACUUACCGUCAUCGCAGCAGUGGCACUCAUAGUGGCCAUCGGAGUUACGUGCUGGGCUGUCGACGAGCGUGUACUUAUCUCCCAAGGAGAGGGUGUCAAGGAUGAAGGACUGGUUGCAGUACUCAUGCAAAUCUUCAAGACCACCAAGAACCUACCCAAACGGAUCCAGAUGAUCUGCUGGAUUCAAUUCUGGUCAUGGAUUGGCUGGUUCCCCUUCCUCUUCUACAGCACUACUUGGGUAGGAGAAAUCUACCUUCGGUACGACGCGCCACCCGAGGUCAAGCAAUCCAAGGACCCGCUGUCGGAUAUCGGCCGUGUUGGAAGCAUGUCAUUAAUCGUGUUCUCCAUUGUGACCUUUGUUGGUUCCAUCACACUUCCGUGGAUGGUCAAAUCACCAGAGGAUGAGAAGCCAGACUUCACUCCUAGACCUCCUGCCAGCAUUGCACCCAUUGUCAAGACAGUCGUGGAGCGUAAGCCCAGCUUGUUGACUGCGUGGACGGUCGCACACCUCAUCUUUGCAGGAUCUAUGGUGUUUGCACCAUUCGUCACAUCACUGCGCUUUGCAACUGUUCUCGUCGCGGUCUGUGGAAUACCAUGGGCGCUUGCCUGCUGGGCCCCGUUCACAUUUAUAGGAGUUGAGAUCAAUAAGCUCGGCAGUAGCUUACCUACCUCAAGACGUGGCAGCCACCAGUACCAGAGAGUAUCUGAUGGUUCAAUCGAGAUGACUUCGGAGGCUAGGAACGUCGAUAGAUCCGAAGAGUCUGCCACCGGCGAGCUUGCUGGUAUUUACCUGGGCAUCCUUAAUCUUUACACUACACUGCCUCAAUUCAUCGCUACUGGUAUCUCGAUGGUGGUUUUCACGAUACUCGAGCCCGGAAAGAGUCCUGAGCUGGCCAAAGACGCCCACCCUGAUGAGCAUCAUAGUACAGAGGGAUACAACGGCAUAGCGGUGUGUUUGUUCAUUGGAGCGUUUUGCUCUGUCGCGGCUGCUGUCGCAACCCAAAGAUUCAAGAACACAGCAUAGACAGACGGGAUUUGCAUAGUUAUAGCGCAUCGAUGAUUGCAAUCAAAGUGAAUCUGGAACAA